GAGGUUGGCCCCACCAUGGUGGGAGAUGAGCAUUCCGAUCCCAGCCUGAUGAGCUUCCUGGGGGCCACGAAGAGGAACAUGCUGGGGAACCACUUCUGGGAGUAUUAUGUGAACGACGCACCACGGAUAGUCUUGAACAAGCUGGAGAGCUGUGGUUACCGGGUGGUGAGCAUGACAGGUGUGGGCCAGACACUGGUGUGGUGCCUCCACAAGGAAUAG